CUCUCUCCUCUCUCUCUCUCUCUCUCUCUCUCUCUCUCUCUCUCUCUCUCUCUCUCUCUACUGAGUCUAAAAUGGAGUGCAGUGAGGCAAAAUCGAACACAACUUCAACAAUCCUCCGUUCUCAGUCGCCGUCACCGUCGCCGCCGCCGCCGCCAAGUAUUCCGGCGGGCGUUGUGGUCAGUCCCUGCGCGGCGUGCAAGAUUCUGAGGCGGAGAUGCGCAGAGAAAUGCGUAUUGGCGCCCUAUUUCCCUCCCUCUGAUCCUUUCAAGUUCACCAUUGCUCAUCGCGUCUUCGGUGCUAGCAACAUCAUCAAAUUGCUUCAGGAUCUUCCCGAAUCACAGAGGGCCGAUGCAGUGAGCAGUUUGGUGUACGAAGCAAGUGCAAGAAUCAGAGAUCCAGUAUAUGGGUGUGCAGGAGCCAUUUGCCAGCUCCAAAAACAGAUAAACGAACUCCAAGCAGAGUUAGCCAAAACACAGGCAGAGCUUGUCAAUAUGCAUUGCCACCAAGCCAGUUUGGUGGCUCUGAUUUGCAAGGAAUUAGCUCAAACCCCGCCACCGGUGCCGCCGCCGGACCACCGCUCACUUGACAACAAUUUCAACAUUGCCACUCCUCAGAGCUACCAAAACUACACACCUUUCUUGGAGGAUAGCAACAUUUGGGAGCCUCUUUGGACAUGAAAACUAGAACAGGGCUGCAAAAGGGGGCAGAGAUUUCUCAGACAAAAGCAUUGGGAAGUCAAACUUGAUUGGUUUUAGUUAAAAGUAGAAUAUAUGAAAGGUUUGGUAGUUGAAUUUUGGGCAAUUUUUAGGCAGUUGUUAGGUUAGAUGGGUUGGGUUGGGUUCCUCCUUUGCUCCCUUAAAACCAAGAAAAGUGGAGUGAAGAAAAAGGAAUGAUGGUUACUGGAAGUGGAGUAGAUUAUUAAUGCAAAAGUAUUGAAGUCUUAGUAUAUAUCUUUUUGUUUUCUUUUUUUGGUUACCUACCAUUAACUUCUUAACAUUGAUGUGUCAAGAAAUAUAUCUUUUUCAAGCUGUGCUUCCCCCUACUUGAAAGUGA